AUGGAGGACACAACGUCGCCACCGGCUCGACAGCAGCAGAAUUUCCGCUCCACUGCCUCAACCAACUGGCGCGUGAAAGACGAUACACCGCGCUUGGAACAGCAGCAGCCUCGGGCGCGAUCCAACCGGACUCCAAAUGGGCACCACAGCGCCAACUCUGCACCAUACUCGAACAACAGCAGCUCGGCUCAACCAACCGACGAUGCGCCGGGAACGAGGCUCUACAUUGGCAAUCUGCUUUAUACAGCUCAGCGAUCUGACGUCGAAGAGCUCUUCACUCGUAAUGGAUUCAACGUUGUCGGAGUUAGUAUGUCCACGGAUCCCUUUACGGGGCGAAAUCCGAGUUACUGCUUUGUAGACGUGGAAAGCCCGGAAGAAGCCCAAAGGGCGAUGAGUGAAUUAAAUGGAAUGGACGUCCUUGGGAGAGCUGUUAGAGUCAGCCCCGGUGUGGCGCGAAGGCAGGGCCAGGGCCAGCCUCAGGGCAAUGCCGGUGGCGCUGCGGGUGGGAGAGAAGUUAGAGUGAAGGACUUCGAACGAGGUUGGGGAAGAGUACGUGAGUCGAGAGAGCAGAAAGACUCAGAAUAUAAUCCGACAUUCGACCGAUGGAGCCGUACCGAUGCCAAUUCUCACUGGACAGCUCCCCAGGCAGAAGGACGACGGCUAUACAUCGGCAACAUGCCUCGAAUUGAACCACAAUCAGCGCAUGACGAGGAAGUGCGGGCUCUCUUUGCCCAGUACGUGCCGGACAUCACACCAACGGCGGUGUCAAAGCAGAUAUCACCACGUCCGCCCAAGCCCGAACAGCCAGGAAAUCAGUACUAUUGUUUUGUGGAUUUGGAGAGGUUGGAGGACGUUGAUCUGGUGAUUGGAGCCUUGGAUGGCAAAGAGGGCAGUUGGGGUGGGAACGUAAGGGUCAACCGGGCUAGGGGUUCGGAGAGAAAGGUCAUCAAGGAACACGGCUUGGGUGGCGGCGAGCGGCGAGCCUUUGGCGAUGGCGGCUGGAGGCGAGGUGACGAGGCGAACACUCAGGGCCAAGAUUGA